AUGGCAGCCACCACAGUACAGACCCAGUUUGCUUUCCGGUCACAGAAGACUAUCGGCUUGACUGAAGCAUAUCCCCAAUAUUCGCCGCAGCCUGGAUUUAAUAAACCAGAGACCAACAACCGAUGCUGUGUGUAUAGUCCAGAUGGCAAAUAUUUUGCCUGGGCAUGCAAUGAAGAUGUUAAAAUAUCCAACCCGGAUACCGGUGAGGUGAUCAGCACUCUCCCAGCUCAGAAUGUACAUGAAAUUGGGUUCUCUCCUCACGGAAGUUAUAUUAUUACAUGGGAAAGGCCUACCAAACAGGAAGAUGGUAACGCAACAAAGAACCUUAAAGUUUGGAAAACAGCAACUGCAGAGCAUGUUAUAGCUUUCGUCCAGAAGUCUCAGUCAGGAUGGAACCUUCAGUACACUCAUGAUGAGAAGUACUGCGCAAGGGUCGUCACGAAUGAGGUCCAAUUUUUCGAGGCCAAUAAUAUGGCCACUGUUUGGGGCCAUCUUCGCGUCGAGGGGGUCCUGGACUUUGCGCUGAGCCCUGGGAAGAAUUAUUCUGUUGCCGUGUUUAUUCCGGAACGAAAGGGAAACCCAGCUCAGGUUAGAGUUUAUGAGGUUCCUCAAUGGAAUGCUAUUUUGUGCCAAAAGAGCUUUUUCAAGGCGGACAGGAUUCAACUGAAGUGGAAUGCGACGGGAACCAGCGUUCUUAUUUUUGCGCAGACUGACGCAGAUAAGACUGGAAAAAGUUACUAUGGGGAGACUAACCUUUACCUGAUUACCGUCGCUGGUAACUACGACUGCCGCGUUUCUCUUGAUAAAGAAGGGCCUAUCCAUGAUGUCGCUUGGUCGGCUGAUUCCAGGGAAUUCGGUGUGGUUUAUGGAUUCAUGCCUGCUAAGACGACUAUUUUCGAUCUUCGCGCCAAGGCCGUCCAUCAGCUUGCCCCGGGACCAAGGAACACUAUCCUCUUUUCCCCUCAUGCCAGGUUUGUUCUUGUUGCCGGUUUCGGGAAUUUGAACGGAUCGAUGGACAUCUACGACAGGCAAGCUGGAAUGAGGAAGAUCUGCACGAUCGAAGCCUCUAACGCUAGUGUUUGCGAAUGGAGUCCUGAUGGAAGGCACAUCCUAACUGCCACUACUAGCCCGAGGUUGAGGGUUGAUAAUGGUGUCAAAAUUUGGCAUUAUACUGGAGAACUGAUGUACUCCAGUGAAAUCGAUGAGCUGUACAACGUCUUUUGGCGUCCCCAGGCCGCUUCUGCUCACCCGCUGCCUAACCCACUCCCAGCUGCGCCGGCUCCGCACGCAUCAGCAGCCGCGCACGUUGCUACUACCGCUCCAAAAAAGCCAACUGGUGCUUAUCGCCCACCGCAUGCCCGUAAUACGGCAACCCCACUCCACUUCAAACGUGAAGAUGAGGGCGGUGCGGCGCAUAUCUAUGCCAACGGGGGUGGCUCCGGACCUGCUAACGGUUUUGGAAGAGGGAAGAGACGGGAAGUCCCGGGCGCUGCACCAGCUGAGAACAAGACCGCGCUCAAGAACAAGAAGAAGCGGGAGGCUGCUAAAAAGGCGAAGCUCGAGCAACAACAACAGCAAGGCGCCCCUGGAGUGCCCGGGGCCCCUUCUGGCCCCGCGAACGGUAACAACCACGAGCGCCAAGGGCGUGAUGGGCGCGAGCACCAGAACCGCAGGGACAACCGCAGCCCCCACCCCCGGAGCAAGAGUCGCAACAACAGGGACCGGGACCAAGACGGGCUCAAGAGGACUAAGAGCAAGAGCGAUCGCAACACGCACUCGCAGCACCCGUCGAGAUCCGGAGCCGAGACAUUGGCUCCGCCGCAAGUAGUGGAGAUUCCACCUAAGAGUGAGUCUCCUAAACCAGAAGCGCCGGAUACUCCCUCAAGUAAUGAGAAAAAACUCAGAGGCCUGAAUAAGAAGUUGAGAGCUAUCGAGGACCUGAAAGCGAGACUGGCCAGCGGAGAGAAGCUCGAGGAUACGCAACUUAAGAAGAUCAAGACAGAGGACCAGGUUAAGCAGGAACUGGCAGCAUUGGGCGAGUACUGA